GGCUAGAGGAUCUCUUUCUCCCAGAGUUAUCUAUCCCGGAUAAAUGGUUUAUUUCUGUGUUUAUAAUAAUGCGAGAAGAUGAUGAUGAGAUCUAUCACAGCUCUUCUGCUGUUCAGCUUUCUCCUGAUCGUGACUGGAGAUAAACACUCUCUGUUAUAUCUCUACACCAUGCAGUCUAAAACCUCUUCUUCUCAUCUCUACGACUGCACUGCUGAAACUCUGCUGAACUACACACAGAUAGAUUUCUACAACAGCAGCUCAGAUAAACCCAGAACUGCUAAACAGAACUGGCUGAACAACAUUUCAGAAUCUGACUGGAUAAUCAGCACUGAGAAACUGCAGUAUGACAGACAACUGUUAAUUAUGCUCCUCUACAUUCAUAUGAGUGAGUCUGGACACUCUCAGUCAGGUGUUCAUGUUCUUCAGUGGAGGCACGGCUGUGAGGGUGAACAGAGUUCUGAUGGAUCUCUGACUGUAUUAAACAGUAUUAAUGAAUUCGGUUAUGAUGGAGAAGAUCUGAUUCAGUUUAACUGCACCUCUAAAUCCUGGAUAACCCCGGAGGAGAAGAAGAACAGAGAGAGGGAGGAGAAGAAGAACAGAGAGAGGGAGGAGGAGAAGAACAGAGAGAGGGAGGAGAAGAAGAACAGAGAGAGGGAGGAGACGUGGAAUAAAAUCUUUAAUGCUGUUAGGAAAUGUGAUCAGUGUGAGGAGAUGCUGAAGAUGUAUUUACACUACAAAACUACUGACAUCACACAGAGUAACACUCCACCUGAUGUUCAUAUAUUUGCAAUGAAAUCUGUAAAAGACUCAGGAAAGCGGAUCCUGACCUGCAUGGCCACGGGAUUCUACCCCAAAGACGUGAAGAUGAGUCUGAGGAAGUUCACCACUGAAAUUCCUGAUCAUCUGAUCACAUCUUCUGGAGUCAGACCCAAUGAUGAUGAAACCUACCAGCUGAGGAAGAGUGUGGAGAUACAGGAAGAUGAUGAAGACCAGUACCACUGUUACGUGUCUCACAGAACCCUCACAGAAACAUUAAUUAAACAAGGGGAUCUGAUGAGUCGAGAUGUAUCCUGUUCCAGAGUGAUGGAGCAUCAGUCUAAAGUCACCAGUGUGUAUGAGUAG